CGUUAUACGUUUCUAAUAUCUUUGCUCUUGAUAAGCCAAGGGAGCAAAAAAAAGGAUAGCCGAUCAUCUAACCGAAACCGAAUAAAGUUACUGAGUGUCCGUUCGGUGUGGGUUGUUGCUCUUAAAUAACGGAGAUAAUGAAUUCGGCUAAGAAGGCGGUUCAGCUGCUGCAGCUAAGUUCACGGCAAUUAUCGACAUCACAGCUGACGAGGAAAGCCACAACCGGCGCUCCGUUAGAUAAUGUGCAUCCAGGAUACAAAAAGCUGAAGGCGAAACAGGAAAAAUUUCAGGUUAAUGAUGGACUUCCCGUUUUUCUCAAAGGUGGGAUUGUGGACAAAGUACUGUACCAUACAACAUUGGGACUUUGUGCUGUUGGACUUGGCAUGACCUUCAAAUUUUAUUAUGAUAUGGCAGUGCCUAGAAAGUUAGAAAAACUGCACAUGGUUUUGGUUCCAUCUUUUAAGUGCUGCAAGGAGUUGAAGGCUUGUCCAGAACCAACAGCCUUAACAGCAGUGUUCCUCAUGACGAGGAGGAAAGGCACCGUCUUCUAUUACAUCUCAAUGUAUUCCCACGGAAAGUUUGCCCUUGAGACUGCAGUACCAGACAGUGCCAGCUACUGGCUCAGUGAUGUCACUGCUGUUCCAAAUCAUAGUGCCCUGCUGUACUGA